UAAGUGAUUGAAAAAAAGUUGAUUUGAAUGAACUUUUAGAUGAUUUUGGCUGAAUUAAAAAUUUACAAUGAUUUAGUUAAACAAUUCUAAAAUUCUUUCUUGAAAUAUAUUACAUCAAAAUACUCUUAAAAUCACUACAAAUUUCUUUAAAUCUAUUACUUAAUAUAUUUUCAAUUAUAGUAGAUAUAAAGUUUAUUUUAAAAUCACAAAUUUAGAAACACAAAAACUCACAAGAGUUUUCAAAAUUUAUGUUUGAAUAACUGAAGAUCUAUAAUUUUAAAUAUAAAAUCAAUUUUAUCCAAAUUGAAUGCACCCUCCCCCAAGGCUUGAAAAGCAGAACAAUAUAAUUGUUUUGACUUAAAUUCGAAUAACCAAAAAAUUAAAGAAAAUGAAAAUCCUACAAAACAAGGGGGCAUGGUAAAGGAAUAAAAAAACAAUUCGACAAGUAACUGCUAAAGAAACCGCAAAGUAAUUAGCGACUCCACGAAUCAAACUAACUUCUUCCUUCCUUCUACUACAUAACUCCCACUCUGUCUCAUUUUUUCUCUCUUUUCUUUGGACGAUGAAUAACAAUUUAGACUUGGAUCUCAAUUUGAAUCCCCCAUCGUCUCCCUCCAAUGUAACUCCCUCGAGUCACAACCAAGCCCCGAGAAGAAAACGCACUAGAAGAACCUCCAACAACGAAGCCACUUCUUCAUCCUCUUCAAGGCGUAAACCUGACCCUAAUGCUCCCUUAAUCACAGAACCAUGCAAAGUAUGUGGCAAAAAGUUCUGGUCUUCCAAGGCACUCCAUGGACACAUGAGAUCUCACCCUGAGCGUCAGUGGCGCGGCAUCAACCCUCCUCCUAACCACCAACCAACAGCACCACCGGUUUCUGUUACAGCGGAAGAAGGUCAAGUGUUGGCUAAUGCCUCCACGACCGGUUCAAGUGUAGGAGUUGGAGGACGGUUCGAGUGUGAAGGUUGUAAGAAAGUGUUUGAGUCACGUCAAGCGUUAGAUGGACAUAUAUGUUCCGCCAUUUUGAACUUAAACGUAGAUCCACCUCCUCCUUCUGCUCCUCAAGAGAUCGUUGAUGAAGAUGAUAAGAGUAAGAGUGUGAUGGUUGUGUCAGAGAUGAAUCAUCGGUGUGACAUCUGCUCGAAAGCGUUUUCUAGUGGUCAAGCUUUGGGUGGUCACAUGAGGCGUCAUUGGCAUAAGGAUCGAAAGGAGAAGAAACAAGCUUCGACUGGUAUCGAUCUCAAUGUUCCUGCGUCGACCAACUUGCCCGGUUCUUCUUCAGACACAUUGCCAGAGUCUUCUUUGGAUCUUAGGUUACGACUCUGACAUUAUAAUAUAUAUAAUGGGUAUUGGUUUCUUUCUCUUUACGAAACUCUCUAUUUUGUGUGUGCACGAUUUGUGUGAUGAAUUUAUACGAUUGGGGUAUUGUAAUAUUCUAUUUUAAACUUAUUUGUUGACGGUGAAAUUGCAUUAUAGGAUAUAUGUGUUUGGUAAUAUUCAAUAUAAAUGUCAAAGUUAGCUUUUUUUUUUAAGUCCAUCAGUUUUCAUAAUCGUUAGAUCUUUAUGUUUCUCUGUGUAAGAAAUGUUAUAUUCUUGUUAUGUUUUUUUUUUAACUGAAACUUCACCUUAUCGAAUGUUGUAUCCUAAUAUUUGCAUUACAAGAGAUAUGGAAAUGUAGAUUCACUAAAAAGCCAACUUUAUUUUCAAUCUAAUUUUUACAGAGUGCUCGUUACAGUUCCAUUUACAAAUAGUUGUUAUUGUUAGUGAAAUAAUGAGGGGAAUAUUAUUAAGUGAAAUAGAAAUGAGUUCAUAACAUGAGAGGAAUGUUUCUCUCCAACAUUAGUUAAUUUUGUUCUAAGAAAUUAGUUGUUUUUCAGUGAUUUUAGUUAAAAAUGAUGAAACCUUAGAGAAAUAUCUAAUUCUACGUACUAACUUGUAUAUUUGUAACCUUAAUUGUUAGGAUCUCAACGAAACUUUGUUAUGUUAGCUUUCUAAUUUUUCUCAAAAUACGGUCAUAAUAACUAAGCUUCAAUUAUGUUAUUCAGCGACAUAUAUUAAAAACGACAUAUAUAAAAAUAAAAUAUUUUGUUCGCUGCUAUAUUUGUAUAGUCCGAUUGCUGCUGGAGCAUCGUUGAGGUUGAUGCAGGCUGUGAGUAAUGGAGUUCCUAUGUCCCAUGUGCUCUCUUCUGGGCAGGAAAUUUCUGGCGUGCUUGUAAAAUUGAAGGGAAACUCCUCAAAGGUGGUUAGUAAGAAACCACCAAAGUGGCGAGAUGAAAACAAUCAUGUAGAAUUGUCAAGGCGCAAAUGUUACCCUGAAGAGGAAUGAACAUCUUCACAAGUUGUAUCACUGUUUUAGAAUUAUGUUUUUGUCUUUGCUAAAAAUAAUUUUUUUUUUUGCCUAAAUAGGUAUUUAUUUACUGUACACAUAUUUCUAUACAUCCGCAAAUAAAUACCUAUUUACCAAAAACAUAGUUUUUCUUAUGUAAAUCAGGAUUUUGUCUAACCACGUUAUAAUAUUUUUUGAACCCAAUGUAUAACAAAAUGACCCAAAUUUUUAUACUAGUAAUUAUACUAUUAACUGAAAAAAACGCUUAAAUAAAACAUUAUAAUUUCAUUGGCUGAUUAAUUUACAAUGGUGACUCAACCAAUUUUGCUUUAAGAUGUCCAGAACUCGUCAUUAAACCUCUCUAAACUUGCUGAAAUAGCUAAUGCAUGAUUAAUUUCUCUAAAAUAUUUUAACUACCAUUUUCUCAAUCUCGGGUUGUCUUAGUCUAUCAUAUGGUUAUUCUAAUCAAAAUUCGCUGGGUUGUUAUACUCUAAUUUCAGUUUGGUUUCCAACUCUUUUGUUAAAUCUUAUAUUGUAUGGUUUAAGUAAUAUAUGUCGUUUGUUACACAAAAUUACUUAAUAUGUAAUUCCAAUAUAAAAGUUACAUGUUCUAUGAAUUAUGGAUUAUAGUUUAUGUUUAUAGACGUUUAGAUUUAUUUUAGGGUCUAGUGUCAAUGUAUGAAGGUCAGAAUAUCGGAUAGGUUUCGAUAUCUCUUAAAUCACCUGAGUAAAUCUUUUUCAAAAAGAGAAUACGCCAAAUAAAUAUAUCCCUCAGAGGAAGUGUUUUUCCCCUUAAUAGAAAAUAUUUUAGCAAAAAAAGAAAGAAAGUGUUUUUCCCUUUGAGAAGACACUCUCAACAAUUCUUUAUGUGUAUUUUCUUUGUAACACAACAUUAAAAAUUAAUACAAAACUUAAUAAAAUCAAAAUAUUAUUAUAAUAGUGGUUAGUUUUUGAGCCUGUUGAUGCUCUUAAUUUGGGCCUUGUUCUGUUGUAGGUAUGGUCCAUCUAGAUGUCUUAUUUAGAUGUUUUAUUUGGUGUUGUUCGUUUCUAUAUUUCGUCUAUGCAUUCAAAUGAAUCAUCUUAAUGCAACUAUGUCCGUUCGCUCUUUAUUUUAACUUUCAUAUACACCCAGAAGGUCUUUUUAAUAAACUGACUAAAAUAGACUUGUUUUUAUAUUUUUGUGGGUUUGACGGAAAAAUCCGUUUUACGGUUUUGGCCGAAAAGUGGGCUUUUGUGGUUUUGGACGAAAAAGUGUGUUUUUGCAUUUUUGAAUGAAAAGAGCAUUUUUACAAUUUUGACGGAAAUGUGCAUUUUACGGGUUUGAACGAAAAGUGCAUUUUUACAGUUUUGGCGGAAAAGUCCAUUUUUACGGUUUUGGCCGAAAAAUGCAUUUUUGUGCGUUUGACAGAAAAUGUGUGUUUUGUGGUUUUGGCGGGAAAUGCCUUUUUGCGGUUUUGGCAGGAAAUGCCUUUUUGUGGUUUUGGUGGGAAAAUAAUUUUUUGACGAAAAAGUGUGGUUCACUAUUUUGGUGGGAAAAUAAUUUUUUUGUAGUUUUGGCGGGAAAAUGCGUUUUUGCAAUUUUAGUGGGAAAAUCCAGUUUUCAAUUAUUGUGGGUUUUUAGGUUUUGCCAGGAAAGUGAAUUUUACCGUUUUGGUGGGAAAGUACAUUUUUACGAUUUUGAAGGAAAAGUGCAUUUUUACAGUUUUGUCUAAGAGGUUCGGUUUUACGUUUUUUGAGGAAAAAUGCAUUUUGCGGUUUUGGCGGAAAAGUGUGUUUUGCGGUUUUGGUGGGAAAAUGUGUUUUUCACUUUUGAUGGAAAAAUGUUUCUGCGGUGUUCAAAAAAAAAGGAAAAAUGUUUCUGCAAAAAAAUAGGAUUUUUGGUUUGAAAAGAUUAUUUUUAUUUUAAAACAUUAUUUUCGUCAUUUAUCAUUUUAGACUGAACUAGAUAUAUCUGCAUUUAGAUGCACCAUGAAAACUCAUCCUCACUUGGAUGAAAAUUUGAGAUAAAAUUUAAAAAAUCUCAAAAACUUGUAAUGUAUUAAACGAACAUUGAUUUUAAUCUUCAUCCAGAUGGAACACUUGGACGACGAGCAAACAAACAUCAUCUUGCUAGUCUGAAUUUAAGUUUAUUAUUCCUGUGUCUAACAUUCUCUUACAAUUGCUGGAUAAUGUUUUUUAUAUAGAUAUAUCAAAUUGAACAAUUGAUCGAUUCCGAAGAAACCCAAUCACUACUUAAAUUCGUUUGGGAUCCAGGUAAUCAUGUUCCCUUUUGGAGAAUUCUUUUGGAGAACUCGUUCCUCUACACAUAUAAAUGUUUUUUUAAUUAUUUUAUCUAUACUAUUAAAAUAGAACUAGAAAUUUAUCCGCGCAUCCGUGCGGGUAUUAUUGGUUCUUAGAUUUUUAUACAUUGAUAUUUGUUUUUCAUAAUUAGUAUUAUAUAUUUUAGAUGAGUCGUAAUAUAACUAAUUGUAUUCAAAAGAUCUGAAUCGAAUCGGGUAAUAUAGUUAUUUUUUGGUAAAAAUAUCAGAAUCCGUUUCAAAUAUAUUUAUUAUUUAGAUAUUUUUAGGUUUUUAUACAUCAGAACCAAACUCAUCCAGACCAGAAAGUCUCAAGUCAAAACCCACACAUAAAUUUAUAAUAUUCAAGCAUGGCCUAAUUUCAAAAAAAAAAACAAUACCCAAGAACAACCGUACCUAAAUGGAUAACCAAUGUUCAUGCCUAACUGAUUUUAUAAACUAAUAAAAAAGACUUUUUCUUUGUGUUUGGCUACAUUAAGUGAAAUAUAAAGAUUUUUUUAUUUAGUAAAAUAAUUAUAUGGAACGAAAAAUAAAGUUAAAAUAAAUGUAACAUUUUUAUUAUUUUGAUUUAAGUUAUUAUUUUAUUUACAAAACAUGUCUUUGAAUUAUGUUUCUGGCUACGUAAGUUUCCACCGAUUGAAACUAAAAUUUUUUUUUAGUAAAACAAACUAAACCGAAUUAUUAACCAUAUGCAAAACCCAUUUAUUUUAUAUUUUUGAUGUUAUAAUUGGCACAAAGUUAAUGUUGAUUAACUUAUAAAUAAAAACCGGCACUAUAUUAUUAUGGUAAUAUAAUUAAUGAUGUGAUGUAUUAUUAAGGUAUUAUAAUUAAUAAGUGAAAUAUAAAAAGACAAUUAAUGUAAUUAUAGUAAUGAAAUUACUAAAAAGACACUAUACUUCUUUUUUAUACUACUAUCAAUGUUUCCAGACAAUUAUCAUUUAUACUGCUAUCCAUGUUUCUAAGCGGUACUAAAAAAUAUUUCAGUUUUAAUAAUAUAUAAAUCUUUUUUUUAGAUUCCUUUGAACUUUGAAAGUAUUUACAACUGUGUCAUUAUCAUUUAAUUUUAAGAAAUCAAUUUAAAACAAAAUAUGCCAAGAAAUAUAUGGAAGCCAAAUAUUGUAAUAUAAUUUUAUUAUCUAAAGUAUAAUAUAAAAAAAUCUCCUAGGAUAACUCUUUUUAGUUUAUUUUCACAAAAAUAGCUCUUAAGAAGAAAAUUGAUCAAAAGAAGUUUUAUUAAAGUGUAAAUAAACCUUUAUACUUUAGGGUUAGCUAAUCUAGACUUAGUGUUUAUAAUUAAGGGGUGGGGGUUUUUGAUGAUGUAGUUUUAAAUUUUAAAAAAUAAAAAUUAUAAAAUAAAAAUAGGCCAUUUUGGUUAUUUUUUCGUUCUCGAUGAUAUGUGACAAAAAUUAAAAAAAAACUAUUUGAGAGAACUGUAGAGAAAUUUCCUACGAUAGUCCUUUUUAGUUUAUUUUUACAAAAAUAGCUUUUAAUAAGAAAAUGACCGAAAUAAGUUUUAUUAAAGUGUAAAUAUACAUUUAUACCAUAGGAUUAACUAAUCUAGACUUAGAGUUUAAAGUUAAAUGGUGGAGUUUUGAUGAUGGAGUUCAAAUUUUUUUAAAAAGAAAAUUUAAAACUUUCAAAAUAAAAAGAACAAUUUUAGUUAAUUUUCUCUUCAAAGACUAUCUUUGCGACAAAAACUAAAAGAAACUAUUGAAAGAUUGCCCUAUAAUAUAUCUUAGUGUUUUAACGUGAAUCAUAUGCUCUUUUUUUGUUUACAAAGAACGUGAGUCUUAUGUAUGGCACACCUUAUUCAUGUUUACGUACAUGUAUUAUUACACAAUUUUAUAU